AACGCACUGCCUCGGUCGCGCCCAUUUUUCGUCUCGAUAUGUCUCGACAUGUCUGCGCAGGCAGCAGAUUGCGGGGUGCGGAAGGAUACGGACCGGCAGUGCCGACAUCGGGCAAUAUGACGGACCGGGAGAUGGGAAGCAGAGGGGUUUGAUGUUUACACGAAUCCACAGGUGCGGCGGGCUCCCGAGAAGAUGCCGUUAUUGUCCUGUUCUCUGAUGCGGCUGGCCGGGGGUUCCAGAAAAGGAACAUCACUCUCUGGUGAUGGCGAAAAGGGAAGAAAGAUGACAGGAAGACGCCGGCGAGAAAGGAUGACUUCCGUGUCUCGGGACCCGACAUGCAGCAGAUAUGCAAUGCAGAGCCACGCUGGCAUCACGUAUUGUUCAUAUGGCCUGGCCGAGGGUCAUGCAAUGCAGGCGGCGUGCCCACACACGCACGCACGCGUGCACGCACGGGCUUGUGAGCUGUGCCGAGCCCUGUCUGCUGCCUCGAUGGACUGACAUGAACGGCGAUUCCAGAUGGGCGAGCCUUUUUGGUGGCUGGCGGGCAUUGUGCCUGUGUUGGGCUAAGGAUGGCAGGAUGGGUUUUGUGAUCGACGUCUAUUGACUGACACUACCCGCCCAUCCAAGGGGGAAACGGAGAAGAAAAAAAGACAAAAAAAACAAAAAAAACAGCGGCCGCACAGACAGACUGGAGACUCCAUGUCACCUGGGAAUGACUUCAUUGGCGCGGCCGGCCCACCCCGUUGCCAACCGUGCGUUGCUUCCUGUCUCUGGCCCCCUCCAUCGCUGGUCGGUGGACGGUGUAUACAUACGCGUGGAUGGCUCGCUGAAAGAAUAUUUAUCUGUCUGAUGAGGUGAAGGUAGUAUCUAGCUACCCUCUACAUGUGCUAUUGCUAUAUCACUUGCCCUAAGAAAACACCCAGAGCAAGCCGCAUAUCCCAAUUUCGCAACCAAAAACCACCAGACCAUGAACCCAUAAGCCCAUCCUUGGCGCGGCCGACUCCACAGCCCGGGAGGGCAACUUUUUACUACAGUCAAAACGGGCUGUACAGCCGCCCCGCCUCCUCCCCCAGAGCACGGCCGAUUUCGCCUGUCUCGUCUUCCCCAACGCUCUAGUUCGAGGGCCUGCGCCAGCUUACUGGGAGCGGGCGGACGGCCACGCACCCGAUGUUGACAGGAACCCGUUGACAGGAACCCCGAGCUGGCUCGCAACAGCACAGAGGAACAAAGCCCGCACAGUCAGGGAGCUCCACAGCGAUCUGGGGUAAUCCCGACGGCAAUCAACCGGUCCACACCAUAAUAUUAGCCCCAAGGCCCGUCCCCCCUGGCUGGUGCUUGCUGGGUUCAGCCCGACAGCCCAGACAAAAUAAGAAAAAAUAAAAACAUAAAGCGCCAGUUGCCAAAAACAGAAGCGGACCGCCAGGGCAACGACGCAGCCGCGAAUCUACUGCUACCCUGCUGCUACCACAGCACUGAGCACCUCGACCGAGCCCGAAAUCUAUUUCCGGCCGAGCACAAGGGGGAAAUACACAAGGGCCAAAUACCACCUCGACAGCGAAGCGACGCGCGAUUGAGAGUCUGGCCCGAGAGAGCCGGUUGCAGGAAACGGGAAGGGGAAACCUUUACAACCACAAAGUUUAACGGCCAAGACGAAUAAAGUCGGGAGCUCGGGGACAGCGAUCCAACGACGGACUGAAACCUCGAAUGCAUAGGGUUGCCCCAGCCGACAGAACGCCUGCCGGGUGAAUCCCGUCUGCUCCACGAGAGUCAACGACGACUCGUCCCUCCCGCGACGCACGCCCAAUCGACGACAUCAACCACAAAGCCAUUGUCGCAGCCCGGAACGGAACGGCGGGCAGAGAAACGACAGCCGCCGCCCCAACGGCUUUUGAGCCCUGCUUGUCCAGGGGCCCGAAAACAAUAAAAUAAAAUAAAGUCGAAAGAGAUAAUAGAAACGAAGAAAAAGGCCGAGCAGAACAAGAAACACGAGACAAUGGAUGCGCAGGCGGCGGCAGGGGCGGCGGGCGGUAGUGUCGAUGGGGGCGCGAACGGCAACAGCAACGGCGCCGGCUUCAGCAGGAGAGGCAGCUCCAGCUCCAGCAUACGCAGCGACUUCAUCCCGCUCGUUUCCGUCGUCGACUUCCACCACGCCCGGGGCCCCGAGGUCGAGCAUUGGUUCGGCGCCGCCGAGGGCUUCGAUCCGGCCGUCGAGUACGACUGGUCCCUGCUACCCUUUAUGGCCCUGAGUGACGGCGCGCAUGCCUCGACCGAAGACUUCUCCUACUUCACCCUCCUCCGCCCGGCCACCGAGACGGCGCCCGCGACCUCGCUCUUCGGCAUCUCGUGCACGCGCCAGAUGGACGCGUCGCUGCUCAAGGUGCGCCCCGCCGACGUGACGCGGUCGACGGUGCAAAAGGCCGUCGUGGUCAUCGCCGACGGGCCCCGGUCCUUUGGCAUGCUGCGCGAGCGCCUGAGCGUCGUGACAAAGGCCUGGUUCGCCCAGCGCGAGUUCACAGACGUCGAGAUCCUCCGCCGCUUCCAGGAGAGCCUCGCGGACGAGAAGGCCAGGGGCAUGCUGUCCGACGCCGAGGACCGCGACCAGUACCUCGGCCUCAGCCUGCGCGAGUUCGUGCGCGAGUUUAGGUGGCAGACGCUCGUCCUCUUCAAGUGCUGCUUACUGCAGCCCAAGAUGCUUUUCUUUGGUUCUCGUUGCGAGCGGUUGUGCAUGAUGCAGUUUUCUCUUAUAUCAUUGAUACCCGGCCUUCUCCACAGCCUCCAGGACUGUGCUGGCCCAGAACUUGACAACUACGAGAAGAAUUUGACCAGGCCGUCGGGGGUCAAGACUAGCGAUCGGAGGUCUCUUCUGGCCUACAUGGGCCUACCCCUGCAAAUAUUCGGCAAGGGAAGUCUCUACGGCCCCUAUACGCCCCUCCAGCAGCUCGACAUCCUAGCCGACUUCGGCACCAAGUCGUACAUAGUAGGGAGCACAAACUCGCUCCUGCUCCAGCAGCGGGAUCGCUACAGCGACAUCCUCGUCAACCUGGACGACAACUCUGUCAGCAUCACCUCCCCUUCGCUCAAGCCGGCGCUGCACCUGUCGUCGGCCGACAAGCGAUGGAUCGAAUCCAUCACGGCCGAGGUGAACGAGACGUGGGACGAGUCGAACCCGGGCCGGCCCAGCACCAUGGGGUACCGGGGAAGCGAGGAGUCCAUCAGGCUGCAGUUCGAGGAUUACAUCCUGUCACUGCUGGCCGCGGUCAAGGCGCACAAGUGGCAGGUGAAGCACAAGGACAACCCGCGCAUGGCGCUCACGCACAUCGACAGCGACCCCUCGACCGACUUCAACUCAGAGUGGGUCGACUACUGGAUGAAGACGGAGAACUACCGCAUAUGGGACGCGCACACCGACGACUCCCUCUUCGACAUCGCCGAACCCAAGCAUCCGUGUGCGAGUGGUCUCAGUCGACUGGCCCAGCAGGUCCAAGAUCUUGGCCUGGACGAGCGGUUUGCUGCAGCAGGGGUGGUGGUGGGGCGGGGCGUCGCGGCAGGCCGGGAGAAGGCGUCCUCGCUGAUCAGCAGGCUGUACUCGGACGUCGAGGUGCUGCGCGAGGCGCAGAAGAAGAAGGCCGAGGAGGCGGCGGAGCGCGAGAAGAACGGCGGCGGCGACGGCGGCGACGGUGGUGGCCACGGAGACGGCGGCGGCCACCGGCCCAUGUCACCACCGCCGUCGGCCCGGUCGUCGGGCCACUGGCCCGGCGCGCCCGCGACGCCCACCACCACUACCACGACGGCGACGGUGGGGUCCAGGGCCGGCGCCUACGCGUCGUCGUGGGCGCAGUGGGCGGGGGAGAAGCGCAAGGCCUGGGCGCGGUCGUCGACGGGCGGCGCGAGCGGCAGCAGCACCCCGACGGCCUCGACGCCAACGGCCGCCAGCAGCGGCGGGUGGAGCCUGGUCGGGAGGAGCAGCAAACGCAACACGAGCAGUAGCGUCGCGUCGUCGAUGCUCUCGUCGUCGGACGCGGCCUCGGAGCGCGACUUUACCCUGCGCAGCCCGACCGAGUCGACGACCCCUGCCGCCACAGCAGCGUCGGCGGUGGGGAUUGCUGCCAUUGGUGGCGCCGCCGCCGCCGCCGCCGCCGCCACUGCGUCUGCAGCCUCGAGCGCCAGUAUCGACCAGAUUAUAUCCUCGAACGACGUGGCUGUUUCCGCGCCCACUCCGGUUCCAGAACCACCCGUGGAGGCGCCAAAGGAGGCCGAGAGCGAGGACGAGGAAGAGCAACCCACUCCGGUCCCGAGUUUCCCAAUCGUUGAGAUGAACAACGUCUGGGCCGAGCCCGACAUCCCCGGGCCGGUUGGUUCCAAGAUUGUGCUGUUGCCUUAAUUCACGAAGGGGGUAGGUAGGCAGGGAAAGCGGGUGACGAAUCGGAGAUACCCAGCCACGACUUUCAGCCAGUCCAGUUGUUUUUGGAAACAUGGGAGCGUGUGUGCUUGAUGAUACUUUGGGUUGCUUAGUGCGCAUGUGGUCGUUUGCAUGAGAGGGCAGAAGCAUUGGCCUCGGCGGCGUCGUAUUGGUUUGCUUUUUUUUUUUCCUUCGUUGGAGCUUUGUGCAAGAGCCGACGAUUUUGAUGAUACCUAAACUGUAUACACAUUGAUUAAUGGCCAACUUGGCGGGGUGAGGAGCCUGACUUAGGAUAACAUGUUCUUUUUAUUUUUCGGAA